AUGUCAUCUCGUGUAGUCGCUGUCUUCGGAGCCACCGGUACCCAAGGCUCCUCUGUUGUCCACGAACUACUCAAAGACGGUACUUUUGUACCCCGGGCAGUCACUCGCAAUCCUACCUCCGAAAGAGCGCAGAAGCUCAAGGCUCUCGGUGCUGAUGUUGUUCAAGCCGACCUUUGGGAUAUCAACUCGCUUAAGAACGCCCUUGCUGGGUGCGAGGCUGUGUUCGCUCUUACCGAUUAUUACGACCCGAAAAGUUUGGCACAAGGUCACAACAGUGAGAUGAUUCUUGGAAAGAACCUGGUCGAUGCUGCAGUGGAAGCAAAUAUCAAGUUCUUUAUAUGGAGCUCACUGCCUAGUGCUACGAAAGUCUCAAAUGGGAAAUAUCGUAAUGUUCACCACUUUGACAACAAGGCAGCAGUGGAAGACUAUUUGCAGAGCGUAGAACUACCCAGUGCUAUCUUACACACCGGCUGGUUCUCUGAAAACCUAUGGAAUUAUCAGAAUCUUGUUCAAUCUCAAGACUCGUCAUCUUUUGAAGUGGUGGUUCCACGAUAUGACGCUCACUCUCCUCAAUACAUUACUUGGAUUGAGCGAGACUUGGGCCAGUGUGCUCUUGCUCUGCUGAAGAACUAUGACAGCCGAAAGGAUGAAAUUCUGGACAACACCUUUUACGCUGUGAGCGAAAAGAUGACCUAUACUCAACUAGCAGAUAUACUCCAGAAUGCAUUCGGCAAGCCAGUCAAAUUUACUUCAUCGGAGACAUGUGGGAUGCAGGAACUGGAUGACAUGUAUGCCUUCCAAUCCGAAUUCGGGCUUUAUCCGCAUUCCGCCAUUCCGGAUCCCCGUCUUGUGAAUCUUGGAGUACAGUUUCACACCAUGAAGACAUUUGCCGAGUUUGCGAAGACUAGGUAUGUGUGA